UGUACGGAGAGUCUACAAAAGCUGGUUUUUGGACUUAAAGCAAGCCUCCACGAUAACUCGAUUCCACUUUUCGUGACAGUCGAUACUCGCCUUACCCCGGUCCAACUUUCGACAUCUCGGUCCAAAAUUUGACGGUUAAUCGGAAUAUCUCAAGUGAUAAAUCGCGUAGAAUAAUUAAAUUUCGUUCCCAAAAUUCUGACCGAGUAAGAUCACUCUGUAGCCAGACGAGAUGUCCAACCGAAAAAGUUCCAAAGGAAGUGGGUCCAGUCGAAAAAGUUCCGCGUCUCCGUCUCGAGCUCCAUCUCGAUCUCCGACGCAGCCCUCGAAGACGCCAGCGGGUCAAAAUCGAGGCAGCACAAAUGUAGUGAUCGUACAGCCCCGUCAAGGUCCUGGGAUGUUUGGAACAGUCGUGGGAAGCGCAGUGGGUGCUGCUGCGGGGACUGUUAUUGGAGACAAAAUAACUGGCAGAUCGGAGGAUACAGCACCUGCCCAGGAUUCAAUAACUCCAGAAGGAAUCGGACCCUGUCAACCUCAACAACAACAGUUCCUGAACUGUGCACAGAACCAAUCCGAUAUUCAGUACGAGAGCUCGUCCCAAAGCUCAGCAGCCACCGACCAAGACUGCAGCACAGUCACUGCAUCCAGCCUCUGGAACACAAAAGGACACAGGAGCCAAAUCUUCGCUGCUACAAAAUGCAGUCGGUACAGCAGCUGGGGUGGCAGUUGGCUCUGCAGCGGUGAGACAACUUGGGGUUCGCAGGGAUCUGGUAUGACAAUAAGGAGAAAAUUUCUAUUCCACUCUUUCCAGGGCCACGUAAUAGGAAAUGCACUGACUCACGCAACCAACCAUGGCCACUCCACUGCUGCAAUGCCUCCGUUGGAGAGUUCCAACACCGUCGAAGGGGUCUGUACUUCGGAGAUACGUCAUUUCUUCGAGUGUGCCUUUCGCAGUGAAGACCUCGACUCCUGCAAAGCCCUCCACCAAGUCUGGCUGGCAUGCCAAAAUGAACAGUCCUUGAAUCCAUGACCUUCCUCGCGGCUUAACAG